AUGAGUCACUCUUCACAAAUUAAAGAGCAUAAAAGUACACCUGAAAAAGGUUUGCAUUUUCUUAUUGAAGAUGAAGAAUCAUACAAUGCAGCAAUUUAUUUGCAUAAUUUCUACGAGCAAUUGUUUAAUGGCAAAGUAGGCGCUCCAGUUCAUGAAAAAUUACAAAAUGGUGCUAAAGUGCUAGAAUUUCGGUAUGACGGUGGAGUUUGGGUUACAGAGGUUGCAGCCGAAUACCCAAAUUCAAAAUUUUAUUCAGUUCAUUCUAUCAUACCAAAUUCUAGAGACAAUAUUAAUAAUAUUACAUUUAUUGGAUGUAAUUCUUUUACAAAGCUACCAUUCCCUGAUAAUGAAUUUGAUUAUGUUUAUGCUAAAGAUAGUUUGAUAUUUAUGGGCAAAAAUACACUUCGAGGAGUUUUGUCGGAGAUCUUUAGAAUAUUAAAACCAGGAGGGAAAUCGUGGCUCAAUGCACAGAAUAUUGACUAUGGUAUAUUGGAAAACGAAAACUUGGAAAAUUACCUUUAUGAGACUGGAAAAAUCGAGUCUAUAUCAUAUCGAAUAAUAGAAAAUCGGAUCAGACGCGACUAUGCUUUUGGAGAGUUUAUUUUUGAAAUUUUUCUAUUGUAUUAUAGAAUUCAGAGACAUUUUUUGGCACCUUUUAUGAAGAUUUCAUUUGAAGAAUUUGAUAAUUUGGUGAAUAAUGUUGAAAGUGAACUAGAUGCUGACGAUGACGGAAUGGAAAUACGGCACAAAAGAGUACUUGUAAAAAAAAGUUCAUAUACCAUACCUAGUACAAAUGAGAUCUGUACCGCUUUGACUUUAUAA